UUGGAUGUAGGAUGUAUUGUAUGAUUGGAUAGGUGCUGCGUGACUAUAUCGGAAGUUGAUGCCUCAUGUUCUGUGUGCAUAUUUGAUAUCCAAAAUAUGGAAGAAAUCAAUGAUGGAAACUUGGGUCAGGUCCGACACGUUGUGUUGGUUCUGUCAGGGAAAGGAGGAGUGGGAAAGAGCACCAUCACCACAGAGCUGGCCCUGGCCCUGAAGCAUGCUGGGAAGAAGGUUGGCAUCCUCGACGUUGACCUCUGUGGGCCAAGCAUUCCUCGUAUGCUGAGUAUGGGCCGGCCCGACGUGCACCAGUGUGACUCGGGUUGGGUGCCGGUAUACACUGACACCCAGAAGAGCUUGGCCCUUAUGUCUAUUGGCUUUCUAUUGGAGGACCCAGAUGAAGCUGUGGUGUGGAGGGGUCCCAAGAAAACAGCUUUGAUUGGUCAGUUUGUGUCAGAUGUAGCUUGGGGAGAGCUGGAUGUGCUGCUGGUGGACACACCGCCCGGGACAUCAGAUGAGCAUUUGGCUGUACUGGAAAACCUUAAGAAGCACAGAGUGGAUGGAGCCAUUUUGGUCACCACCCCUCAGGCAGUAUCUACAGGUGAUGUGAGAAGAGAGAUCACCUUCUGCAAGAAGACAGGUGUACGGAUCCUGGGCAUCGUAGAGAACAUGAGUGGAUUUGUUUGUCCACACUGCUCUGAGUGCAGUAAUGUAUUCUCAAAGGGGGGUGGUGAAGAGUUGGCCGAAAUGACUGGGUCUGUGUUUCUAGGUUGUGUGCCAUUGGAUCCUCUUCUCAGCGCCAGUAUAGAGGAGGGCAGAGACUUCGCACAGUCAUUUCCUGACAGUGCCACCUUCAGUGCCAUUAGCAGUAUUUCUCAGACUUUGCUCAACAGCCUACAAACUGACUGAGACAGAUUUUGCAUAUUUGUGCUGUGAAAACUACAUGAGAAGUGUUGACUUCCUGUCUUGUUUAGUUCCAGCCUUAUGUAACCAUUUACUGAUCAUGCUAGUAGUAUCCGUUAUCUCUGCUGCACAGCAGACUUUGUGCAUAUCUGUCUGCUGAAGCUGCACUUGUGGUUUGAAGAUUGUCGGCUCUGAGCGCAGAACAAAACAUAAAGAGAUAACUACUGUUAUUAACUCAGCUGACCUUUCUUUGUAUGUUGGUCUGUAAUACGAUGGUAAGCUGUGCUGCCCAAGAGAGGCUUUAAACAACAAUAAAAUAUGGAGUACUGAAAA